ACACAUAACACACACACAAUGAAACACACACACAUUUGCUCUUUAAAAGCAUAAGCUGGACUGCCUGUUUUCUUCUCAGCUCAUUCAGUAGAUCUGCAGCUUCAGAUACAGAAAUCUGCAGACACCACAUUUUAAAGAUGAGUCACCGUUCUCGCGGCUCCAGGGUCCGGCAGCAUCUCCACUGCGACUCCUGCUACAGCCGGCGCUGCAGGGCUCCGGUGGAGCCUUCUGCCAGCUGCGCUCUCCUUCCCUGCCGUCUGCUUUGCGGAGCGGUUUUCCACCUGUGCAAGGAGGAGGAGCACCUGCUGCUGUGCCCCAACGUGAGGGUGCCGUGCCUCAACGCCCAGUACGGCUGCCCGGUCCAGCUGCCCCGCUCCUCGCGGGCGGCUCACCUGCAGGUGUGUCCGGCCAGCGUGGUUUGCUGCUCCAUGGAGUGGAACCGCUGGCCUUCCAACAUCGCCUGUUCUCAGCCGCACACAGAGCUGUUAGAAAACCUGCUCAGGGAACGAGAGAGGUUUGGAUGUCUGGACCUGGCCAUGGCUCUGCAAGACCAGGACGCUCUGUUUCACUCCAUCAAGAUGAAGAAACUGUUCCCGGAGCUGAUCCAGACCGCAGAGGAGGAGGCGAAGGAAGAACAGAGGCUGGAGGAGGAGAUGAAGAAGGAGAAGGAGAAGAAGAAACAGGCUUUCAUGGAGAAGGAGGCAGCAGAGAGAGCAGCUGCAAAAGAAGCAAGGGACAAAAUCUGGGAAGCAGUUAACAUGAUUAAUGUGAAUUUCCCUGAUGAAAAACAAGAUGAGGAUGAGGAGGAUUAUGAAGAAAAUCAGCCGGUGUUGUCUCAAGCAGAGAGGGAGGCCAUAGCCAGAGCAUCAGAAGUGGAUGCUGGUCUGUUGGAGAACUACAACGCCUGGGAGCGCAUGUUCAGCAUGGAGAUGGGAGGCUGCAGGGAAUCCGAGGGCACGGCUGGAGCAGGCAGAGGUCAGGCGAGAGGUAAAGGAAGAGGGAAAAGCCUUGGGUCACUGAAGGAGGAGGAGGAGGCAACCUGUGAUGGUGCAGCAGCAUCCACCAGCAGUGCAUGCUCCUCCUCUCUUACUGGGAAACCCAAAAAGAAGAGCUUUGUGUAUGGAAAACUAGAGCCGAUGAAAAUCAUCACUGUUCGCACGUUUAAAAUCCCGACCAGCUUCACAGCCCGGCAGGGCCGCAUCCGUAACCCGGGCUUCUACAAGAGAGAAAACAAAGCAGUGGACACCAGCGACCUGGGUGUGGCGCCAGGCGACAUGCCAGUGUGGGAGGAGGUUCAGGCCUCCCUGCUGUGCUCAUUGGAGAGGGAGCGGAGGGGUCACCUUAUCGCUGAGAGCACGUCCUCGGACAGCCUGCUGAUGGAUGAAGGCACGCAGACCUACAGCUUCCUGUCCGCCCCUUUCCGCAGGAACACGUCGCUGGCUGACCUGACAGCUGGAAAACCGCUGGAGCUGCACCUGCAGCUGCAGGUGGAGAGCGUCACCAGCCGGCAGAACAAGGCCAGCUCCGCCUUCACCUUCCUCUGCGGACACACCUUCCAGCGCACGGAAUACGGAAAACACUUCAAGAACAUCCACAGCGACAUUCAGAUGUGUGUGAACGGCUGGUUUGAACAGCGGUGCCCCCUAGCGUACAUGGGAUGCACCUACAGCCAGAGGAGGUUUCGGCCUUCCACAUAUGAAGCCACCGUCAACUUCAAUGAGGAGCUGGGCUGCUUUGGCCUGCAUCCGUCCACACCGUUUUCUCAGCCUGCGGGUGGAGGUCACGCCGAAGGAGGGGAGGACCGUCUGAGCUCGCUGCCCUACGAGGUGCUGUGCCACAUGGCCAGCUUCCUGGACAGCCAGUCCCUGUCCCAGCUGGCCCUGGUGUCCCGCCUCAUGAGGCAGGUUUGCUCCUCCCUGCUGCAGGACAGAGGGAUGGUGACGCUCCGCUGGGAGAGGACCAGCUCCUCACACGGGAGAGCCAAGUGGAGGGUGACACACAGGGUGUGGCAGUUUAGCUCGCUGUUCUCUCCUGUGGACGCCUGGAGCUUCAGAGACGUCCCGUCCAUCUCUGAGCAUCUCAAAGUUUGUCCCUACAACGAGGUCGAGUCCAAGACUGAGAAAAUUCGCUUGCCUCUUGUUCGAGAAGAAAUUAAACCGAAGAAGAGCUGCAAAGGUCCCACGCUGGUCACACUGUUCCAGGAGAAGAGGAUCAUGAUGUAGGAGCUGCUGUUGGACCUCAGUUCAAUUAUACUUUAUUGAUCCCAAAGGGAAAUUAAAUAAUGCAUGUUUUCUCUC